AUGGCCGUCCCUAGAGUUCUUCAGUUUCUAUUACUCGGGGUAUCCCUCCUUGUAGCCUGUCGAGCUGUCCACCCUGCAGCGCUAGACCAGUUCGACCACCCUCCAAUAGGAUCAAAAAUCAAGUUUCGUUAUUGGUUCUCGGAUGCAAGCGUCCCCGUCGCCUCGGUCCAGCACGAUAUUGCUGAUCUUGCGUCCAAUGGCGCUGGUGGCUUGCAGCUCGUCCCCUUCUACUACUAUGGCAACCCCAGUGGCGCUCCCCCACUCACAGACUGGAACGUGUUCGGGUUCGGUACUGAAGCUUUUCGAAGUCUGUUUAAAGGAGCGUUGGAAGCAGCAGUGGAGAACAAUAUCUUGAUGGAUUUUGCUCUGGGCGCCAGCCAGGGACAGGGAACUCCUGCUGAACCUAGAACAGAAGGUCUUUCGCUUCA